AUUCCUGUUUAUUUAUCCUAAGUUUAGGUACAACAUUUGGUAUCAGAGCUUGUUGUUAACAUCUCUAAAGGACCAAACACACUUCCCUCACCUUCCUAACCCUUCCUUGAUACUUUACCCCAUAUACAUCAUACAGAGUCCACAAAUUGGUCCAACCAAACACCAUGUCAAAUACCACUCAAAACAUGACCCAUGAAGAACUUGUGGCUUCAAAUGCAGCCCCUCAAGUUGAUUAUCUAGCCAAGCAAAUAGCCAAGCUCACUAAACAAAAGCUAGCUAUGUUGCAAUCCAGUGAUGAUGAAGAAGAAGCUAGUUCCAGUGCCACCAUAAGAACUAGAGCUCAAGAUAAGUCCGGUUCUGAUUUCAAAGUGGAUAUUCCCAUCUUUGAAGGAAAGAAUGAUCCGGAUGAGUUCCUUGAAUGGCUAAAAACAGUGGAAAGAGUAUUUGAUUUCAAAGAAGUAUCCGACGAGAAAAAGGUCAAGAUUGUAGCCUUGAAGUUUCGGAAAUAUGCAUCUACCUGGUGGUCCAACACCAAAACCAAGAGGAAUCGAGAUGAGAAACCCCCGGUUGAUACCUGGCAAAAGAAGAAGACUCUCUUGAAAAAGAAGUUCCUACCUACUGAAUAUGUACGUGAGAAUUUUGCUAGGCUUCAAAUGCUUAGACAAAGUUUAAAAUCUGUCAAGGAUUACACCAGAGAAUUUGAAGAACUCUUGCUAAGGUGCAAUCUGCAGGAGAAUGAAGAACAAACCUUCCCAAUCGCCGCCGCUGCUUUCUUCGUCGGUCGUCCGCCGCCAGUCGCUGCCCACCGCCGCCGAGUUGCACCGUCUCCAAGCCUCCAGCCGCCGUCGCCCUUAGCACAGCCGCCAUCAUCGCCGUCAAGUGCAGCGCUGCUGUUUCACCUUCGCCGAAAGUCCUUCCUCGCUGACGAAUUGCAGCGCCGCCACGCCGAGCGCUGGACGUCGCCUCCACUGCCGGCGUCCUUCCUCGUCGUCGAAUUGCAGCGCCGCCAGUCGCUGCUCAUCGCCAUCGAGCUGCCGUUACGCCACUGCCACCGGCGUCCGUCACCGUCGCCGCAUCCAGCCGCUGCCCCGAGUUGAUAUCGCCGGCAGAUUAACCUCCACGCCGGAUUGAUUGGUCGAUUUCGCAUUUUGACUCAAUUUGACCUGUUCGUUUGAUUUUGUUGAUUUGUCUUCCGUUCGAGCUAUCGAUUCGAUUUCGGCGAAAUCCAGGUCCGUACUAUGAAGUUAAUAGCAUUUAGAAUAGAUUUAAUGGUUUGGA